AUGCCGCCAAAAGCGAAAGGUAAGGCGAAGGCGAAACAGCGGGUACCGCUGACGAAGGAGGAGCGGCAGGCACGUAUGAAGGCCCGGCUGUUUGAGGUCAGUUUUCCGGAACUGGAAGGAAAGAGGCCCACGGGGUUGGAGUCUUCGGAUGAGGAAAAUCGGAAGAAAGGCGACGACGACGAAGACAAGAAAGGCCGGCCGGACGAGUGGGCGAUGCGGUCCGGAAUCGCGCUCGAGAUCCACAAGAAGGGUCUGCUCGGCCUCGAGCCUCCGCCGCCCAUCCUGAUCGACUUUGACGACGUGGUCCGGAGCGGCCGCUUGUCCUUGAAACGCACGAAGGAGAUCAUUUGCGAGCGGCUGGCCGAGGACUUCCCCGCGGUCUUUGUCGAAACAGAACAGGUGGAUGUGUAUCUCGAAAAGCCGCACGGACAGAAGGGGAAGGACAGCAUCAAGAUGGAGUCGCAGUUCCAGCAGCUCUUGACCGUCGAACAGCUGCGGAUGCAGCUGAAAGUGCAGGAAUACGUGAUCGACCCCUAUCUGGACGAAUUGCUCUGGCUGGUGUUCGAAACGCUGCUGUCCGUCAUGCCCCGCGUCCUCGAAGAGGACGAACAGGACCGUAAGGAUAGGCUGUGGGAAUUACAGAAAAAAGUAGACGCUUUCCUGCGCAAACUCGCCGCCGAGAUGGCGGAGUUGGAAAAGCCGUGGCAGUGUUUCGUCUCGAAAGAGUGGAACAACGCGAUGACCAAGCCAAAAUUACCGGAGCGGAUCAUGACACUGGCGAAGGAUGUGGCGGAGAACGAAGAGGUGGAGCAGGAGCUGAUGAAGGAGUUUUUCGACUUGAUAACCGAAAGAUUCGAAGAGUACCCGCCCGUGAUUUUCUUCUCGCUGCUGAACGUGAACCACGGGCAGGAGAAGAAACUGCUAAAGUUGGAGCAGGAACUGGGGGACUUUUCUUCCUGGUACUUGAAGAAAAAGGAAAAGCCGACCGCCGAAACCAGCAACGCCUUCGCGAGUAUGAUGGGGCUGGACAACUGGGUCGAUCCGAAUUUGCUCAAAAAGAAAAAAGAGGAAGAGCAGUCUGAGGACGAAUUGAGAAACAUGCUGUCAGGCGGAGACGAAAGCAGUGAAGAGGACGCAGCUUCGGCGAAAAAGUCGUCCAUAAUAUCCGGCAGUCGGGCAGCCUCCCCGGUAAGUUCGCCUACGUCCACGAAGAAAGCGUCGAUUGCGCAAGGGUCAAGUAGUUCCAGCGAUUCAUCCAGCAGCUCGGAGGAUGAAAAAAAGUUGAAAAAUUUCAACGUAGACAGCGUGCAGAAGCAGGUCGCGAAAAACGCAAAAGGGUGA